UUCAGCAGGGACAUGGAUAUCCAACUCCAGACCUUUGGCACCACCAAUGCAGCCCAUUCUGUAAGGCGUGGUAUUACUGGAGUCAGGGAGGAUCCUGGAGGACUGAAAAAUGGCUAAUGUAACAUUUCUGUUUAAGAAGGGAGGAAGGACGAUGGGAAACUGUCCACCGAUUAGCUGAUGUCAGUCGUUGGUGACUAUUUUCAGUGAAGAUGAAUUAAAAGUAAAACUAGCAUAGAGGUUUGAAAUCACAAACUCAGGACUUCAUAAAAAACAUUUAUUCGACGGAUCAUUCCAGGGUUGUGUUGAACGAUGGUUAACUGCUCUGUCGACCACAGAAUCCACCAGAUCCUGUUUCCCACCGUCUAUAUUGGGGUCUUCAUCAUUGGUCUCCCAACUAAUCUCCUGUCCCUGUAUCACAGUUACCUACAGAUCAGGAAGAAGAAUGAGCUGGGAAUCUACCUCUGUAAUUUGACCAUCUCAGACCUGUUGUACCUCCUUUCCUUACCUUUGUGGAUUCAGUACAUGCUGCAACAUGAUGACUGGCAGCAUUCUCGGGAACUUUGCAUCUUCAGUGGUCUGCUCCUCUACCAGAAUAUCUACAUCAGCAUUGGAUUCCUCUGCUUCAUUGCCAUUAAUCGCUUCCUCGUCGUGGCUUACCCUCUGAAAUUUACACUCAUACACAGCAGGAAGGCUGCUUUGCUCAUCAGUAUUCUCAUCUGGCUCAAGGAGAUAGCUGUCUGCACCAUUUACAUGGGCUCCAAGGUUCUCAGUAAAGACGAGGGGAAUGAUACUUUGUGUUUUGAACAUUAUCCUCUGCGUCAAAAGGACAGAUAUUUAAAUAUUUACAAACUUUCGAUGGGCUUCGGCCUCCCUUUGAUCUUAUUUCUCUACUCUUAUUAUAAAGUGUUGAGGGUUGUCCACAAACUCCGUGGGUCUGAAAGACAGCGGAAAUUAAGAAUAAAAAAAUUGGUAUCUGGGACAAUCAUCAUUUUCCUGGUUUGCUUUGCUCCUUAUCACAUUUUCCUGAUGGUUCGAACCAUGUUAGAAUAUGACUGUCCCUUUGCUGACAGUAUUUUUGAGGUUUACCAUUUUGGGCUCCUGCUGAUGAGUUUAAACUGUGUGGCUGAUCCCAUCUUGUACUGUUUCGUAUCUCCGAGUUCACAGGGCUGGUUAGCAAGUUUCCUAGAUCCUGUUAUCAAGCUUCUUCCUUGCAGAACAAGUGAACUAACUGUGUCUCCAACAGCUCCAAUCAAAUCAACAGUUAUGAAUAAAACUGAAAUAACUAAGGAUGUGGAAGGCAAGGUUGUAUGUAAUGGGUGAUGGAUUUUGGGAGUUCAUUUAUGAGUACAGCUCACAUAAACUGUGAUUUAUAUUCCUUCUAGCAUUGGACAGUAUGAUUAAUCUAAUUGAGGUGCUUGUAGCACUUCACUGAUAUGUAGACAGAAAAUAUCUUCCCUGGUGAGGUAGCCCAAUGCUACUUUUAAGGCUGUCUUCCAAUAUGUUCAGAGCCAAUUUUCACCCAAAUGGUAAAAGCAAAGCACUGCCUUGCCAGCAAUCUGAAAUAACAAUGAAAUAAAACAGAAAAUGUUGGAGGAACUCAGCAGGUCUGGCCACAUCCAUGAAGAGCAAGAUAGUGUUUUGAGAACCCAAAACAAGAGUCAUAUCAGACUCAAAAUAUUAAUUCUGUUCCUCUCUCACCACAGAUGCCGUCAGACCUGCUCACUUUCUCCAGCAAUUUGCAUUUUUAUUUCAGCCCAAAUGGUAACAAAAAUUUGAAAUUCUUAUUUCUGAUGUUACAAGUGAAUUGGGAGUUUUUAUGGCUCCUACUAAUGAAUUGUCCAAUAAGUACAUCAAUGGAUAUGGCUCCACUUGACUGGUAGAGCUAGCUUGAUUGAUUGAAUGGAUUACUGUUGUUUUUCUAUUUGAUUACUGAACAUUAGGGAAUAGUGAAUUAGAUCAUAAUGUUUGUCAACUUUUUGUGAACUCUUGGACUUGUAAAUGAAAUCACCUGCAUCCAAUAUUUUCCACUCCUUUCCUGAAAGGAAGAAUUUGUAUUUCUGUAGUACCUUUUAAGACCUCAAGACAUCCCCACUUAACAGCCAAAAGUAUAAAGAUGAAAAUGCACAAAACUAUGGAAGACAGUCCCACAGACUGUAAUGACCAUAAGACGUAAGAAUAGAAAUAGGCCAUUCAGCCAUUGAAUCUACUCUGCCAUUCAAUGAGAUCAUGGCUGAUCUGAUAAUCCUCACCUCCACUUUCCUGCCUUAACCCCAUAAUACUCAUUCCCUUGCUCAUUAAAAAUUUGUCUAUCAGCCUUCUUAAUGAUCCAGCUUGGCAGCCCUCUGCGGUAAAUAAUUCCACAGAUUCCCCAUCCAUUAAUAGAAGAAAUUCCUCCUCAGCUCUGUCUUAAAUGUGUCACCCU